GCUUCACAAGAAAAAGUUGGAUUUAAACACCUUUUAGCCUCUCAUAUAAACCUCUCUCCCAACACCCUUUUGUUCCUCACAAGUCACAACCCACACAAUCUCCCCUGCUUUCACCACCUGAGUUUCCGAGUUCACAAAUUGGUAACAAAAAUAAAUCAUCGAAAACCCAUUGAGCUCUGAUUCCCGCUCGCUCUCUCUUCCUUGAAUCUGUUCUUUCUACACACGAAAUUGAAGAUGGGUAGCUCCAAAGGGAAGAACUUUGGCAUCCGAUUCUGUUUCUGAUUUGAUCGGAUCAGCUAGGUGGAAAAGAACCCAGGUUCCAAAAAUUAGGUCUUUCUUUUAUUCUUUGACCAAAUCUGAAACUUGGAUCACCCUGAUUCGAAUCUUCCUACUUUGACUCAUACCCAUCUCGAUUCUGUGCAUAAACACCCCAAAAAAAACAUUGCUUGAGAGAGCGAGCGGAGUGUUACUAUUGAUGCUCAUGGAUGCAACUAAGAACAGUGGAAAUUUCACAAAGGAAGUGGACGAUGAAACUCACAAGGUUACUGAAAGCCAAGAUUGGGAGAUUGCAAAGGGAAAGGGUAUGGAUUCAAGUUCUCAGAGGCGUCAAUGGAAGCCAGUUUUUGAUGACGUUUCCAUCUCACAUAACAGGCCUCUCAAGAAAAUCCGUAGCCCUGAUCGCCAAACCACAAACCAAUCUUCUCCUUCUUCUUCAUCAUCAUCUUCUUCUAUGUCCUUUCAACCUUCUCCCCUCUUUGCUCCUCCUUCUACUCCUUCACCCUCUUCAAGAAUCGUGUUCCCUUUUGCCUUCGACGCUUCCCAACACCCCAUGCAAUUCCCACACCAAUUUGGAACCACAAAUUCACCUUUACUUCGUCCACCCUUUCAAAACCAACAACAACAAAUGAUAUCCUUUCAAAACCAACAACAACAGCAUAACCUGGCAUAUCCACCAAUCUUAGCUCGAGAUUCCACCCUUUUACAUCAUCAUCAACAACAACAGCAUCACCAGCAACUUCUUCGGUAUUGGAGUGACGCACUGAAUCUAAGUCCAAGAGGAAUGAUAAACAGGUUGGGGCCAGAUGGAAGGCCACUAUAUAGGCCUCCAACACAACCCAUAAACACAACCAAACUCUAUAGAGGAGUGAGACAGCGCCAUUGGGGAAAAUGGGUAGCUGAAAUUCGUCUCCCUCGAAACAGAACGCGUCUUUGGUUAGGCACAUUCGACACUGCAGAAGAUGCUGCCAUGGCCUAUGAUCGCGAAGCCUUCAAGUUAAGAGGAGAAAAUGCAAGGCUCAAUUUCCCUGAACUCUUCCUUAACAAAGAGAAAGAAAAAGAACCUUCUUCACCAGUUCCAACACCUUCUGAACAAGCACCAACAACAGAAGAGUCCAAUGAGAAUGACUCCGCAAUUGGGUCUAGUGAUGCCACUGUAAGCGAUGAGGUUCAUGCAGUUGCUGCAGGUUCUGAAGGAGGUGAAGGGGUUUCACAGUCACAAGAACUGGUUUGGGGAGAAAUGUCUGCAUGGUUCAAUGCAAUUCCUGCUGCUUGGGGUCCUGGUAGUCCUGUGUGGGAUGAUUUGGACACUACUAAUAACCUUCUUUUGCAGUCUCAGAUUCCCUUUUCUAAUCCCAAUCAACAACAAUUAAAUGAUGCUGCUGAUGCUAGUGAUGCUCAGAGACAAGAACAUAACACUGGACCAGGUUUUAACCUAUGGAAGGACCAGGAUUAAUGAUGUUUUUUCUUCUUAAAACAUCAAGAGGAAAAGGAUCUUUUUCCCCCUUUUUCUUCUCUCUACUUUAGGAAUUCCUACCUUGCUUCUUUCCCUUCCUGGUUGCACCUUCAAAUCCCAACUUUCUUUAGUUUUCACUGGUUGCAGAUAUUUUCACCACACAGCCAGUGAAUAUUGGAUAGCAGUAGAAACUUUCUGUUCUGUUCCUUUUGACAUUGCUUUCUUUUUUCUUUUUUUUUUCACUUAACUCUUUUGUUGUUUUAAUUUGAUGUAGUGAAGGUAACUUAGCAUGACCAGGGAAGAAGGAGACGGUUUUGUGAUUUCCUUCUCGGUUGGUCCAUCCAUUAUGAGCUAUGUUUUUCAGCUCCAAGGAUGGAUUUACAUUAUUAUUAUUACUUCAUUUGUAGUUUCUACCACUGUUAUGUUAUGUAUCCUUUCUAGUUUAUACAGUUGUUAAAAUUAAAUAUCCAACAAUUUGCAUUAUCACAGAGGAUACUGUAUGUGUCGUUGUAAUUAUCAUAUUGCUUUGAUUAAGUUCCACCUUU